AUGGCAACAGAACAUAUCGAACAUUUUUGGGACUCAGAACAAAAAGCAUUGGCUGGUGAAUCUACAAAAUUUGAACAUAAAGAAAGUUGGGAGAAAUCUCCUUUUGAACAUAAAUUACCGGAACAUUAUUUUUGGCCGAGGACUGAGUCAUUUAAUAAAAAUGAGGAAAAUUCAAUUGAUACAAAAAAAUCAAAAAAUAGUCAUGAUUUGUUGCCAGAAGGAUAUAUGCAUGUGAUUUGA